AUGACGUCUCUUCUUGUCACUGGAGGACUCUUCAUCCUCUCAAAUGUUGGUAAGAGUAUUCUGGGGAAAGGUGCAGGAUGGGUCUUUGAUCAAGGUCUUGCAUCACUCGACGGUGGAAGUGACAACGACAAGAUAAGACAAGACAUUGCCAACGUUUUGACAGAAGUCAAACAGAUCGAGACAUCUGUUGCGAGCCUGUCGAACCAGCUGUCGGAUACUCUUCUGCAGCUUCGAAAAGACGACCUGGGGACUUAUAUCACCGAUAUCGAAACAUAUUACUCAACUAUUGGUGAUAUCAUGCAGGAGGCUUUUGAUCUUCCAAGAAAGAAUCUGACAGAUUCGGUUCGCGUUAGUCAGGCGCAGUCCCUUCAGAGCCGUCUCGAUGAUCGUCUACAAGCCAGUUCCGACAAUGUCCCUGGCUAUCUCGAUCAAAUCAACGCCUUUCUCAACGAUGCAAGCGCAAACUCCUUUCUGAAACAAGCGGCUCAACAAGCGUUUGAUGAAUCAGACGACUUCCUUGGUUAUUUUACUAAGACCAAGGUUAUGGCUUUGAACUAUUGGGUUGCCUACGCCAAAGGCAUCAGUCUUCUCCAAAUGGCACUUGAUAACCCCAAAGUCAAUUUUGAAGAGGGGAGCUAUACGAUCAGUCGCCACAAUGCCAAUUUUGUUGCCCAGGAGCAGAUCUUCGAAGACACCGUCGGACAAGAGUCUAUCACUCUGGCAGAGGGAAUAAUCAGCAACCCUCUUGAUACCCACGACUUUAUUUGGAGAGUGCAAAGCGGUCUUUACAUCGAAGAUGCCUUCUCUGAUUACCAAAAUUGGAUCGGCUCUGAUGCGGAAAAUCCAAGGUCCUCAUGGUCCAUGUUCAACGGUCCCCCAAUCACCAUAGAUCAGUUUGACCCUACGGGAAGCUACCCCGUGGUCCUCAUUCCAAGCGAUAACCAAGACCGCAUGCUCUGCGUUGGGGGGCAAUAUGGUUUACAGAUACAGGAGCAGUGGCCUGAUAAGACCGUGACGCCUUCAUGCCGCUGGCUGAUCAAGCCAAGAUAUCCUGGCGCCGACAGAUUUUCGUUCAAGUUUGACGACAAUUAUGCGGGUGGUGAAUACAAUGGUUCAUACAUUGUCGAUACUUCUUACGAAGAAGACAUGAGAAUACUGAACUUUGUCGACGCCCUAGAUAAUGGGGAUGGAGAUCAGUUUUUCAACGUCACCCUAGGUCAGUUGAAUUUGUCGAGCUAG